CCCCACUGGAGCAGUAGUGAUGCGAUAUGGGCUACCCUUGCCUUAGUGCACAUGAAGAACUAUUUUCCAACGUUUAUUUCAGUGGAACACUAACCGCCGAGGUGUCCAAACGUUUUUCCUGCUUGGCUCGCUUGCAACCCACGAACUGGAACUGUGAUACACAUCGGUGGGAAGCUAAUCGUUUUUGGCUCUAGUGGUUCUAAACAAAACUGAUUGUCGUUCCAGUGACUAUUAACUGAACUAUUAACGAAUAGUAGAACAGUGAGAAGAAUUUGGGGAGUUUAAAACGUGUAUGCGAGAAUUACUAUUGAAGCAUUAAUAAUAAAUCAUCAACUGAAAUAUACACAUGUGAAAAAAAUUGAGUAGUUUUCGUAAUAUUACGAAUUUUCAAAACCAUGUGUGUUGAAAUUGUAGCACAAGUGAAAGCUACAGAAUCAAAGCUUUGUAAUGUAUAGAUAGUUGAACUGGAGUAGCGUGCAAAUUUCCCCUCGUAAAAUGUGGUCGUAAUGCUGCAGUGAUUUUGAUUAAUGCUUGCCGGUAGAUAACAGGUACAACCGAGAAGCAAACAUACAAGAGUGACAAAGUGGGAAUUUUACAACGAGUUUAAACUAUUUCCAGCCCCCCCGCAUAUGAUAGCAAUGCAGCGAAGAGUAAAGUGUUCUGAAAUAUCAUUAGAUUGAGGAAAGAUAUGCACCGCAACGGAAAAUGCCGCGUCGAUAUCGUUCGUUACAGCAACAACGCCUUGUGUUGAGGCGCCAGGUCUGCUCGAAAUGGGAUGCCUUUAGUGUGAAAAUGCUCGGAAUUGUAGUUUUUCUUGCCGCGAUUUAUGCGGUGGAUCAUCACAAUAUUGGAGUGAGCUGUUUUCGCCUGGAUGUGCAAAAAGUAAAUCACAUCGUGUUAGAUAAUGCAAAGGUGGAUACAAACAAUCUGCAUCGGUAUCUGCGGGAACAUGAGCAAACCUUACUAUUCGGAAAGGAAAGUACAAAUAAUUUCAGCAUUGUUAGGGUACGACGGAAAAAGAGAGCAACGAGAUCAACGGAAAAACUAAUUCGGUUUAAUAUUAGUGAUAGCUCAAACGAGAACUUUUCGGUAAAACUGAGAAAAUCCGAUAUUUUGAUUGAUGACUCAUUCGCAUUUAUCGAAAGCUUUGGCAACUCGACGCAAUUGUUGGACGAUUCAUAUCAGCUAGCCCAGAAAUAUGCGGAUUGUUUCUACCGGAACGAUCAUGCUGCGUUCGACCUUUGUGAAGGAGGAGCCCGAGGUGUGAUAAAAUCAAACGAGUCGGACAUUAUCCUACAUCCACUGCCAGAACGUUUCGGACCUAAUAAUCACAUACUUAUAAAUAAAAAUAAGCCCUUUAAUUUUACCACUGCUCAUGUAACUCAGACUGAUGAAAAUGUGAUAUUCGAACCUGAUAUGUCUCACUAUGAACCGUCCUAUUUUUCUACGGCAGGCAAAGACCGAAGCAAACGGCACAUUGGCAAUAUAAAAGUUCCAGAUACACUUUUUGUAGAGACUGCAAUCUUUAUCGAUAAGGACCUCUAUCAGCAUAUGUCGAAGAAUUUCCCAAAAGACACCGAAGCGCACUUGAUCCGUUUUGUUCUAGCAAUGAUCAACGGUGUUCAACUGCUUUACAGCCAUCCCUCGCUGGGGCACCCAAUUAACUUUAUUCUUAAGCGGCUAGAAAUUCUGCACAAUGACCCGAAGGACCUCCGCCGUUCCAGCGACAUCGACGUGUAUCUGAACAGUUUUUGUGGCUGGCAACGGAAGCUGAACCCACUAUCGGAUGCUGAUCCGGUGCAUUUCGAUCACGCUGUGAUACUCACUGGGCUUGACCUGUAUGUGGUGAGCAAGACCGGAAAGGUGAGCAAUCAGGUCGUGGGAUUGGCGCCGGUGGCUGGCAUGUGUACGAUGACCUCCAGCUGCACAAUCAACGAGGGAAAACACUUCGAGAGUGUGUUCGUUGUUUCGCACGAAAUCGGCCAUAAUUUAGGGAUGCGCCACGAUACCUCGGAAAACAAUUGUGACCCCAGUCAGUACAUAAUGUCCCCAACGCUUGGAAGUGGAAAAAUCACGUGGUCCGCUUGCAGUCGCAAUUACCUGAACUCAUUUUUAAAAACUACUCAAGCUGUUUGUUUGUUCGAUCGGGGUCAUUAUGGACCAAGUUUAGAUCAUGCGGCCCAAGGCAUGCUACCCGGCGAACGUUUCGAUGCAGACCAACAAUGCAUGCUCAAGUACGGAAAAGAUAGUAUUCGAUCACAAGCCCAAAAUAUUGCCGACAUUUGUCGCGACUUACACUGCCAGAGAGAUCGAUAUACGUGGACCUCUCAUCCAGCACUAGAGGGAACUGCGUGUGGCACCCUAAUGUGGUGUCGAAGUGGAAAUUGUGUCUCAAAAAUACCUGGUCUAACUGUUCAAUCCAGUGGAAAACAUAUUACUGCCUUCAAGACUAUUGAUAAAAAGACCUUUAUUGAUGGUCUCAAGUUUGCGAGUUUAAAGCAAGAUACUCCCAGAAUACUUAACACUAUUCCCACAUGGAAUGAAUGGCGUGAACCGACGGAGUGUGAAUCAGGAUGCUUGUAUGGCGAAUCUGGUCGCCUUAAAGAGGGCAGUGUUGGACUGCGUCAGUACAGCAGGACAUGUCUAGAUAAGAGAAACAAUUGCCGUGGAUCCAACAAGAAAUAUGAAACUUGCAUUGCUAAACAGUGCUACAACAUUGCCAGAACCACUAUAUUGGAAUUUGCCAACCAGAUAUGUGACCGUGCCAAAGCGUUCGAUUCCGAUAUACUCGAAAUAGGUCUGCAGAAAGUUGCUGACGAUCCGGAAGAGGCGUGUAAAAUAUUCUGUGAAACUAAAACAGGUGAUUCGAAAACCAAAAGUUGGAUCUUUCCAGACGGCACGGCGUGUCGUAUUCAUAAUGCUGAUUUUGAUGAUUAUUAUUACUGCAUCAGUGGAAGGUGUCAGAAAUUUUCUUGUAACAGUUCAUCAGAUAAUUUCUACCGAAUAGAUCCCUUAUUCUGUCCUGAUAGUUCCAUCUCACCCGAUAGAGGCAUGAACAGCAUUCAACAUGAAAACGGUCGAGAUUAUAAAAAUAUGAAUGCUCCUCCAGACAAUUAUCAAAUAACUCGCAAAAUAGAAAAUGUUACUCAUAAUUCUGUAAUCUACGCAUAUCCAGAACGCAGACGAAUUCCCGAAGCGAAUUUCUACAAAGCUGAUAAUUACGUUCGCUGGCGAGGUCGGCAGUUUGAACCGGAAAAGUAUGACAAACUGUCGCAGUUACAGGCGCGAAAAAAUCAAUGGGACAUCAAGUCUGGUUGUCACUUCAGUUGUAUGGGGAAAUCCAAAGGGAUUCAAAUAGUUGCCUCAAGGAUGGACAUCCGCACAAGCAUUCAGUUGUGCACACCAAAUACAAUCGCUUGCGACAAGGUUCUCACCACGUAUGAAUACGCGACAAGGCUGUGCAAACGAUACCAGCAGAAGGUUCGUGGCCUCUCUGGUAUUGGUAUGCAAAUAGCACCCAGUGUCGAGGAUCCGGAUCGAAGCUGUCGCAUUGCAUGCCAAGAUAAUUUCAUUCGUCAUCGAUUCUACCUUGUGAAUGGAGAGCAGGGACAUUUUCCAUUUGGAGCUCGAUGCAACCAUGACGAACCGAACCGGUAUUGUGUCAAUGGCAAGUGCCUGCGAUUCGGUGAAGACGAUACGCCAUUGAACGAAUCUUACAACAGUUUAGCACAUUUGCGAACAAAACGUGAUGCCAGAAGGGUCAAAAGACAUUUUGAAUACUUCGCGCCGGUUAAUGUUACCGAACGCUUAAGCCAGGAGUAUAUCGAAAGCCUAAUAGCCAACAUCGACUUCACAAGAACAACGGGAGAAAUAUAUGAGGAUAACAUCGAUUUCAGAAAUCCAAUUUAUUUUAUUCCAUGAAGAUACAAAAACGAUCCUGAGCCGGGAAGACGAACGAUAUGAACAUGAACUAUUUAUUAGUCAAGCUUUUGUAAACUAUUUAUUUGAUAGACAAUUAAUUAUAACCAGUGAUAAACCAAUGGCAAUACA